AUGGAAGAUGACCAGCAUGGAGCGUGGCCUGGGCGCCUGCUGCGCAAGGGCGAGCCCAUUUUCCUUGAGGCCGACGAGUGCUUCCUCAUCGCCCAGCACCGGGAGCCUCUCCUGGUAUUGCCCUACGAAUCGCACUACCCCUCGACAGUGCCGCUGCGGCUGAAGCUUCGAGCUGAGCAACAUUUUCGCGCCCUGCGCUUGUGGCUGAAUGACCAGCCUCCAUCCUCGGCCGAGGCCUCGAGCGACCACUUUUAUCCCACCCUACUUUCGGGACGCUUUGGCGGGGCCCAACGUGGGGCCCCGGCCGCCGGCAACUCCCCGAGCCCAUGCGGCUGCGGCAGUUUCCGGCAGCGCACCCCCUCGCCACCGGGCCGCAGCAGCUCCAGUGACAUCUCGCCCUCGGAGUCUGCCCUGCUGUCAACAUCCUCACAGAUGCUGGCAACCCUGGAUCUGGUAUCUAGCCAGUCGUCCGAGGCCCUGCGCUCGGGCAUCCUCGAAGGCCGUCCGACGGAGUCCUUCCUUUCCAGCUCCCUUUCCGACCUGGCGCUCAAUGAUCCGGAGCGAUCCUCGGGCUCGCAAGGGCGCGCCAGAAAUGCCUACGGCCCGGCCAUUGCCCCGACCAGCCGGCCGGACAGUGCGACAUCGGCCCCGGGGGAAUCCCCGAUGCCGAUGGCCGCCUCCCGGGCUCGGCAUUCACUGGCCGACAUCCUUGAUCAGGCUUGCUUGCCGGAAAAGGUGGCGGUCUCCCUGUUUGUCAAGGAGGACGUCUCCCUGUCGUAUGUGGUCCGGAUUGUGGCCUCGCCGCGGCUAUGUGGCAGCCUCGGCCGCUAUAGCAUCCUUGCCCACCUGUCCCUCAACGGGUCGACCCUCACAUGCACGCAUGUCAUCCUCCUAUCCCGGGCCCUGGCGAAGCUUGCGCCGAACUUGCUGACGCUGAAUUUGUCAGACAAUGUCAUCGGCAACCGCGGUGCUGCCGCCAUCGGGAGAUACUUGCUCUGCUCGGCAGCCGACACAGGGCGGACCUCUCGCCGGAAGGGCAGCCUGUGGGAUGGUGGCCUGCAGCGACUGGACCUAAGCCAAAAUGUCAUCACCAAGCGCGGCCUUGCGGUGAUGGUCCGACACAUCGUCCUCAGCCGCCGGGGGUUCCUCCAGCGGGUGGCCCGCGCCCUGACGGUGCUGGCCGGCGACGGACAGGACAUCCUGGUCGGGCUGCCUGCUUGCAUUGAGCGGGCCAUCGGCCCCCGUUUGUGCCAUCUGGAACUGAGUGGCAAUCCCCUGGAAUACCGCGGCGCCGUCAUCCUGGGGCAGCUGGUGCAGCCGGUCGAGUGCGAUGCGCUGAGGACCCUCGUCGCCGGGUUGCCAGCCUCUCGAGUGCCGGCAUUUUGGCGACAUCUCUCCACAGCCAUGCCCGGGCUUUUCCUGGGAUUACGAAUCACACUCUUUCAGGAUGAUGGGGUCGAGUACUUUAUGGACCACUUGGCCAGCUUCCAUCAGAAUGUGACAGCAUGCGACUUCUGCUUCCCAAGUGCGCAGAUUGCCCCGGGCUACCGGCUGCGGCGCCGCAUGCCGGCCAUGCUGUCCCCGCUGCGGCCAGCCUGCUGGAUUGUGCCCUGGCUGGACCUGGACAUUUCCGCCAACGGUCUUUCCGGCGAGGCGGGCGAUCGCAUCGCGGAACUGCUGCUCUCGCAGCAGCACAACACACAGGACAUCCCCCUCGGGCAAGUGACCCUUCUCCGGCGCCUGGGCCUCAUUGGAAACCCCCUACUCGCGGUCAAUGGCCUGCGGUCUUUGUGCCUGGCCAUUGCCGGCGGCUUCCCCCGGCCGCAUGGGCAGUUCAGCAUCGGCCGCCAGACACGCUCGAUCGGGCGCAAACUCCAGGGCUUGAAGAUCGGCCAGAUCCCCCUGCCGUCGGCGGUGGCGGCGCAAGUGUGCCUGUCGGCCCUCUUCGCUCCGCAGGUGCGUCUCCUUCAGGGAGUCGAGGGGCUGCCCUUUUCCGAGGUCGCCGCUGCCGUGCCGCCAUCCGGGCUCAACUCGGCCCCGCGCAUCGGUGACAUCUUCCUCCUGCAGCUGGCCGAGUCGGAGCUGGUGGCCUCCUUGGUCGAUUGGUCCAAGGAGAUGGCGGCCAUGGCCGCGGCGUCGGCCGGCGAUCGAGCCCGAAGGGGUCGCAAGGCCGGUGGCAUCCUGGCGGCUCUGGCCGAGCCGAAGACCCUGUGUCGUCGGUGCUGCGCGCUUGUGGCGCUUUCGGUGCAACGCGACACGGCCCCCUUCCCGCCGGGGUUCUGGCAGUCCGGCGUCAGUGAGCUGGCUGCCCUGGACCUCGGUGGACUGGCCUUAGACCCGGAAGGGGUCAAUGCCCUGGCGCUGGGGCUUCUCCUGAGGCAGGACUACCAUGGGUCCCUGGCGUCCGGGCUGGUGGAUGCCAUGGCCCAGCCGCCGGGCUUGAAGUUUCUGUCCCUGCGCAACUGCAACGUGGACCCCACCUCGCUGAAGGUGGCUUUGCAGGCUCUGGAGGCGCCGGCACACGGGGUCGGGCUCCUGUCUCCCUUCCCGCAGUUGCAGCUGGAGAUGGGUCUGCUUUUGACCCUGCACCAGAUGAAGCCCUUUGCCCUGUCACGGGGCCUGCUCCUCCCUCUGGAGGCUGGCCGGGAUACGCAACCCCUCAUCGAAGCAAAGAAGACCUUCCAAAACUUCAAUGCCAUCACCGCGCAGCUCCUGCUCGAUCCGACUCUGGCGGCCCCGGCCAGUCGGCGGUCGCUCCUGUGUGCGGCCCUCAAGGAGGUUGCCCAUCGAGGCGCCGUCGCAGAUCGUCUGCUCCCGGUUUUCGAUUGGAUGGCCGCCACGUGGCCGGAUUUCCCGCUGGUCGAUCGGAGUGCCAUCGCCAGCCGCGGAGCCGGGACCUCGUUCCUGGGACAUGAUCUGGAUUUCCUGGACAUCUCAGAGAACCACUUUCGCAACGCCGAACAAUUCCACGCCUACCAUGAUGUCCUCACCACCCUCGCCCAUCGCCUCGGCAGUCCGGCCGCCUCAUUCGAGGACAUCUUCGGCUUUGACCCGGAGCUCCUGUCGAUGGUCCCGCGCCCGGUGUACGCUGUUCUGCUGAUCUACCCGAUUACUCCGGAGAUCGAGGAGUUCCAAACUCGGCUGUACGCUGGCAAGAAGGCCGACACCAGCGCCUCGGUGUUCUUCAUGCAGCAGACCGUCGAAAAUGCCUGCGGCACUGUGGCACUCUUCCAUUCGCUGCUCAAUGGUCGCAAGGCCCUUCCGAUCGAGAAGGAGUCGGUGCUGGACAUUUUCUACCAGAAGAACAAGGACCUGUCGGUGGAGGAGCGUGCCCGCGCAUUCGAGCUGUCCGACGACAUCCGCGACCACCACCAUGACUCGGCGCAGGAGGGCGAGACCGAGAUCCCCGAGGACAACCUGACCAACCACCACUAUGUGGUCUUCGUUGAGCAUGAGGGCAAGCUUUACGAGCUGGAUGGCCGCCGCGAGGGCCCGGUCCUCCAUGGCACCACCACCGAGUCCAGUCUCCUGGAGGACGCCUGCAAGGUCAUCGACGACAUCUACUUUAAGAACUCCGAGGGGUCGAUCGAGUUCUCUGCCCUGGCCCUGUGCAAGAGCUCCGGCGAUGAGGCGUAA